AUGAACUGGGUCAAGUGCAACAUAAUCGAGGGUUUCUGCCCGUUGUCUCAUGGCGGGAAGGAGUGGGUGCGAGCGAGCUUGAAGCUGACUGCUCUCAACAACAAGGCCGUCAAGCAGGUGGUCGUCGACAUGUACGCCGCGACCGCUUCCCAGUACAAGAUGGAGAUGGCUGCCCAGAUCGGCGGCAUGCGGCUUCUGCACCUCAACCGCGACCUAUGGGUGGACAAGUUCUCGAGCUUGAAGUGCAUCGGUAUUCGGUUGUUCUACAUCGACCGGACCUGGGUGCUGAGGUCUCGCCUCAUCGCAGUUCGACAGUUCAACCCCACCAAGGAGCUGCUCGAGGACAAUCGCCUCUUGGCUCUUCUGCAGAAGUACCUCGAGAGCGUGCUCGAGGAGUACGGCCUCGACGUGUCACUUCUCUUCUCUGCGACGAGCGACGCCGGCAGCGACGCGUUCGGUACGCACGUGGAUCCGGCCAAGUCGAGGAGCCCCGUUGUACGCAAAGUGAUCGCGACGGUGAAAAUGGUUAUGGAGCACAUCCGAAAAUCUCCCAGAGCGAAGGUCAGUUUUGCCGUGGUGAUUGGCUGUGGGGUGACAAACGUCUUGGAGGCGGUCAUCGUCAACCGUGCAGCCAUAGAUGGCGUGUACACGACGGAAGGCAAGGACAGUCCUCUCACGUCCCUGACGGACGAGAUCGACGAGUUGUUCUCCAUCAUCAAGCCGGCCGCGCAAGUCAUCGUCAAGUGCCAGCAGACGUCUGUCCCUACCGUGCAACUUGCGGUGCUUGCCCUGGCGGCGCUCAAGCUCACUACGCUCAACGUCGACUCCCCUCUCGAGAUUUUGACCCCGGCGCGCAAGCUGGCUCAGGCCGGGACAAGCGGCAUUGGUGGCAGGGAGUGACCGGCCACCAGCACUCCCCUCGAGCAC